AAAAAAAAAUGGAAGCUUUAGAGUUUGUGUGAUUUGUUUACUUUACUGAACUUUGCACAUUUGUUUCCCUGAGACAAAAACUGAACAUCGUCCAACACUGAAAUGUCAUCAGUGAAACAAGAAGUUUCAGAGCUCUCUAUACCGGUCCCAUGGGGAGAGAUCAGAGGCAAAGCCUGGGGUCCUGAACACGGCCACCCGGUGCUGUGCCUGCAUGGCUGGGCAGAUAACUGCGGUUCAUUCAACACGCUCAUUCCCUUCUUACCUAAAGAGUGCAGAUACGUGGCAGUGGACAUGCCAGGUCACGGUCUGUCAUCUCACCGGCCUCCUGGAGUCUUCUAUUCAUUUCCUGAGUAUGCAGCAGAUGUACGUAGAGUUACUGAAAGUCUCAGCUGGACAAAGUUCUCCAUCAUGGGUCACAGCAUGGGUGGCAACAUCGCCGUCAUGUUCAGCGCAUUGUAUCCUGAUAUGGUGGAUGGCAUCAUAGUGCUGGACGUUUUUGGAUUUGUACCUACAGAUCCGAAAGAAAUCCCCCGAAUCAUGAGGCAGGGGAUGGAUGAGAUGCUCAAGUAUGAAAAAAAGGCAGAAGAGGAGAAGAAGAGGGUUUACACGUAUGAGAAGGCGGUGGAGAGGCUGUUGGCUGCAAACCCGACUCUGUCUGAACGGUCUGUUCAAAUGCUUUUAGAGCGAGGUCUGACUCGAGUUGAAGGAGAGGUUUGGCAUUCAGUUCACAUACGUUUGAUGUGCUUUAUGCAGAAAAACAUAGAGCGGAUCACUUUGGAGCAGAGCCUGGAGAUGCAGUCGAUGAUUCAAGCUCCUGUUUUACUUAUCCUAGCUGACAAAGGUUUUGGUCCGGCAUCUAGGGAAUCGAGCCAGAAACUCACUUCGAAACUCCUCCAAGUCUAUCAGGAAAGAAAUGACACUGUGGUGAGAGUACCUGGCAGUCAUCACGUCCAUCUUGAUAAUCCUGAAGUCGUCGCUCCAUUUAUUUGUGACUUCCUGCAGACCAAAGUGCUCUCACAGCAGGUGAAAGCCUAGUGGACAAAAUGUAACCAUCACGCACUCACAUUCUCCAUGUGAAGUUUCACACUUCAAAAGUCUCAGUGCACGUCUCUCUUAGAGCUCGCAUUACCAUAAAAUUGUUCCAGUAAUUUGUUCUGUUCUGUACAAACCCAACUGGAGAGUCAUUUGGAAUAAUAAUACUGAAUAAUAAUAAAAAAAAAGCAUGAUUUAUGAAACUAAA